AUGGCAACAAAUACAACUUCAUUACAAACGUUUUUGUCAUGGACAAGAGAGAAUGGUGUAGUGUCUGAUAAUAUCAUUGUUCAGGAAAUUCCUGAUAAAGGUUUAGGUUUUGUUUCAAAACAUCAAGCUGCUCGAGACAAUUCGAUAGUGGCAUAUAUCCCUUUUCAUCUUUUACUUAACACGACAAAAGUUGGAAAAUACGCUAAAGAAAAAGCUCCCAAACUUGAGCAAACAUUUCAAGCUAUGUUAAAAAAUGGUCAAUCUAUGACAGAACGUAUAGUACUUAUAUGUUUUUUAUUAUAUGAACGUUUCGGUCGCCUUGCAUGCGGAGAGGAACCAUCCUUUUGGAAACCGUAUGUUGACAUUUUACCACAUACUCUUCAUACACCAUUGUUUUAUGAUAAAACAUUAAGAGAUUGUUUAGAUGGAACAAGUUUAAAAUCGGCUGUAGACGCAAAAUUUAAUAAACUUCAACGUGAAUAUAAAUUACUCCGUCCAUAUUUCAAUCAAUGGUCUGCGCAAUCUUCAACAACUGAUAAUAAUGUGAAUGAUGGUCAUGAAAUUAUUACACUUGAUCAUUUUAUAUGGGCAGAUGGUGUAUUUUGGUCUAGAGUAUUAUCUUUUGGUAGUCGUCUUACAUCUGAUAAUAAUUUAAUCGGAUCUGAUUCUGAUGAUUACCAUUUAGUACCAUUUCUUGAUUUUGCUAAUCAUUCUUUAAGACCAUACGCUCGAUGGGAACUCACAGCAGAAGGUGUUGAAUUAAUUCUUACGAAAGCUGAUUCUCCUGAACCUAUUAUUCCUGAAACUGAAAUUUGUAUCUCAUACGGUGAUAAACCGAAUUCUGAAUUAUUAUUUGUUCAUGGAUUCACAUUAAGCGAUAAUCCUUGGUCCACAAUUUCUUUUCCUGUACCAUUCUAUGAAAAUGAUGAAUUCGAAGAAGAGAAAUUUAUAUUUAUGCAAUAUCAUGGAAUCAAACCUCUAGUUUCACUUAUUAGAAAAAAAAGUGGGGCUGAAUUAACUCGUGUUUCAACCAGGGCAAUGUGGAUAAGUGUUUUAAGGAAAGAAGAUGGAUUAAAAUUUACAAAUGUAAUCAAUGAAUCUAAUGAAUCACAACCAGUAAAUUUAAUGAUUGAUGAUAAAAUUAUUCGAACUGUUGAUGAGUUAGAUAAUGCUGUCACUGAAUCACCCCAAUUUCCAGUAAUUGAAGGACGAAUUAUUAAUUGUAUUUUAGAGAACGUUGAAAAUCUUUUAUCCCACCUCAAACAAACUAAUGAGAAAGUUUUGAAAAUGAUGGAAAGUGGCAAGAAUUCACGGGAGUUAGAAUAUAUUAGAAUAUAUAGAGAGGACGAAUAUAAAUUUUUGGAAUAUGCUGUGGAUGAUUUUACAAGAAAACGCGAUUCUCUGUUACCAGAUGAAUACGAUACAUAA